ACACACCAUGCAUGAGUGAGCGUGAAAGGACCCUGAGGCAUGGGGUGUGUGUGUGACUAGAAUGCGAGGCCACUGCCCCAUCCCAUCAGGCCGGUAAACGGUAGUGCAGAAGGCAGACACCAUCGAUCAGUUGAGUCGACCAGCAUCAUGUGUGUGCUGCCUGGGCCUGGUUGAUGGGGUCCCAUCUAGUUUGGCAGAUUUAUUAGCAGCAUAUGGAUCUAUUCGCAUACAGCCCCGUAGAGAAAAAGAAAGAACCAAAAGGCAUUCAGCAAAUCGCCAAACUCCGGGGUUGCCCCCUCCCGUGCCCCUAGCUACCUAAUAAUUGUGCGCUCCUAUUCCUGUGGCCUCCUAACGCAAUCGCUCGCUCGCUCGCUCGAUAUUUAGCCGUGGAGAGGGGCCGAGGGAGGGAGCCUGCUCCGCUCUGCAGCACGAACAUGAUGAAGCCAUCGUGUGUACUGCUUCUUUCCAGCCUUCUUGUAGCCACUCUUGCAGCUACUUCUUCGUCCUCUCCUCCGUAUUCCGUCGGCAAGCACCCAGGGUGGCUGCUGGUUCUAGGUCGCAAAGGCAGAGAACUCGGCCAGUCGUCAGGGUACCAUUAUUACCAGCAUCAGAGCAAGCAGCCCGAGACAGAGAACCUGACACAGCUAUCCGUCCAUGGCGUGCAGCUGCAGGGAGUGGCUAUGGAGGUAAAGAAACCCGAGGAGGAGGCGACGGCGAGGCGAACGGCCGAUCAGAGCGGGGACGCCGAGACAGGGCUGAUCUACAGCGCGGACUACAGCAGCGUGGCCAUGCAUGCUGCCUCUCCGCCGACGGCGAAGCCCAAGCACAGGCACCCCACCAGACCAUAGGAAGCUGUCCUUAUGUAAGCCAGUCGUAUGCCGUCCGUUUCGUGUGUUUCUUAUCUCGCUGGAUUGUACGAGCAGAAGCACCCCUGCUGUCUCUGUAAAAUAUAGGCCCUCCUGAUGUGCUGCUUCUUUCCUUCUGUUGCUCUCGCUCUCUGUCCCUGCCAUUGCUGAUGAGUGCUAUGGCGAUAUGUUGAUCCAAACACACAAAAUGGGAUGGCAACACAAUUGUACGUCGAA